UACAUUUCGUUCUGAGCACACUCGCUGAUCUGAUUGUAAUACUCCUUUCUUGACACGCUCGCCUCUGGCUUGUUUUGUUGACGCCCCCUGUCUCGUCCACGUCCUGCAUUCCGCAGGCAAAACACCAAAGUCACCUCGUCCAAUCUUCCAGUAACGCACACAUUCGAAGACAUCAGGACUCGACAUACAGCGAAUCCAACCCUUUAGCCUUGCUACUGAACGCUCACAUUCGCUAUACGCUCCCAUAGGGACGCGCCCGCCUACCAUGGCUAACAAUUCAUUCACGGGCAAUGUCCCGCAACACGCGCAGUCCUCGUUGCCCUCGCUCCCACAGCAUCUCCAAUCCGAUACUCACCUUACCGCCCAUCUUGCGAGCCGUUUCCACGCCCAUAGUCCCACUGCCUCGCUCUCAUCACACGCCAUCAUCUCCUUGAACACCUAUAGCGACUCGAGUCGAGGCCCUGACGGCGGAAAAGAUGGUAGUGCGCAUCAAGCGGCUGAGGAUCUGGCUCAACGAGCCUAUAUGAGGCUCGGUCAACGUUCAGAAGAUCAGGCCAUCUUAUUUCUGGGUGAAUCUGGCUCUGGAAAAACCACGAUCCGUGGGCAUCUUCUACGAGCACUCCUGUCCUAUUCAGCCACGCCUCUCUCCAAGAAGAUAGAGAAUGCCAACUUCGUCUUCGAUGCAUUCACCACUACCAAGUCCCUGACUACUCCCACCGCAUCCAAGUCCGGCCUGUUGCUCGAGCUUCAGUACAACACAUCCACCUCCCACCAUGCCAUGCUACUUGGUGCUCAAUUGCUGGCACAUCGACUCGAGAGGAGUCGACUUGCAUCAGUGCCUACCGGCGAACGAAACUAUCAUAUCCUCUACUACCUAUUGGCAGGAACCAGUCCGAAUGAAAGGAAGCAUCUUGGUUUGGAUCUUGUCGGAGCCUCGAACACCGCCGGUAGUAGAGCCUCCCUUACCGCACAAAAGAGAUGGAGAUACUUGGGACACCCAACCCAACUAAAGGUCGGAAUCGAUGACGCUAAGGGUUUCCAGGACUUCAAGUCUGCUCUUCGUAAGCUGGAAUUCUCCAAACAGGAUAUCGCUGGUAUCUGCGAAAUCAUGGCUACCAUCCUCCACAUUGGACAGCUCGAAUUCGAAAAUGGCUCAGCAACCACACCAGCAGCUGAUGAAAGCGGUGGCUACGGAGCCGAGGGUGGAGAAACAAUCACCGUCGUAAAGAACAAGGAAUCGCUCACCCCAGUCGCCCAAUUCUUGGGUGUCAGCAUCUCAGAUCUCGAGCAAAGUCUACGUUACAAGACCAAGACCUUGUAUCGUGAGCGUGUCACCGUCAUGCUCGAUCCCAAGGGUGCCCGAGCAAACGCCGACGAGCUCGCCAGGACGCUCUAUUCCUUGCUCGUCGCCUAUGUCAUGGAGCAAAUCAACUCGAGAAUUUGUGUUGCCCCUGAUCAAGUUGCAAACACUGUUUCCGUAGUUGAUUUCCCAGGAUUCUCUCCUUCCUCUGCUACCGGAUCCACUUUGGACCAACUCCUCAACAAUGCCGCCAAUGAAUCUCUCUACAACUUCUGCCAGCAGAGCUUUUUUGGCCGACAGGUCCAGGAAAUGGAGGCCGAAGAUAUCAGCGUUCCUCAGAUGGAAUACUACGACAAUUCUGAAGCCAAGACUGGUCUGCUCAAGUCUGGAAAUGGCCUCCUCAGCAUCCUAGAUGACCAGAUGCGUCGUGGCAAAGAUGACACCCAGUUCCUUGAGGCUAUCCGUAAGCGCUUCCACGGCAAGAACAACGCGAUCCUACCCGGCAGUUCCACCAUCAUUCAGCCAGGAAGCAACUUCCACACGCCGAACACGGCAGCGAGCUUCACCGUUCGCCACUAUGCUGGAGACGUCGAUUACCCUGUCGAGAACUUGAUCGAAGAAAAUGCCGAGCUGAUUUCUGGUGAUAUGAUGAACUUGCUGAAGUCGUCUCAGAAUGAUUUUGUUCAAGAGCUCUUCGGCCAAGACGAGCUCAAGAAGGUCACCCACCCUAAGGAGAAGAGUGCCAUCGUUCAAGCAUCAGUCAGUUCGAAACCCAUGCGCAUGCCCAGCAUGGCAAGGCGUAAGACCGAUAAAGCUGGCAGAUUUGGAAGGCCACUGAACGUUUUCGAGGAGGAUGCUGGAAGUGAAGCCGAGAGCACCGUUUCUGCGGGUGUUGGAAAGAAGAGUGAGGCUGCAGGCAAGCAGACUGGCGCAGCCGGCCAGUUCUUGAGCUCACUCAAAACCAUCGAUUCAUCUCUGCGCAAAGCAAACCCCUAUUUCAUCUUCUGCUUGAAGCCCAACGACCGCAGGAUCGCCAACCAAUUUGACAGCAAGUGUGUCCGCACUCAAGUACAAGCACUCGGCAUUGCAGAGAUCAGCCAGCGUCUCCGCGCAGCUGAUUUCAGUGUCUUCUUGCCCUUUGCUGAAUUCCUUGGCUUGGCCGAGGCUGAGGGUGGCGUUGUCGGCAGCGAGAAAGAGAGGGCAGAGAUCGUGCUCGACAACAAGCCAUGGCGAGAGAACGAGGUCCGGGUUGGUGCCACAGGUGUUUUCCUGAGUGAACGGUGCUGGCUUGAAAUCGCCAAUUUGUCUGAUGUAGCUCCAGCCCAUCACGGUAUGCCUGCUUCGGAGGAGAACCUUCUCACUCCUGAUCGGGCCAGAUCAUUCGGCGAUUCCAGGUCAGGCUUACUUGCACCCUCUCCCGGCGGCUACUACCAGGAUGACAAGGGUGGUAGUUACUUCGGCAGCAAAGAUAUCGAUGCUCGUUCAGAAGCCCCUUCUGCCAUCACAAGCGGAGGAGACAUGUUCCACGGCAUCGAAACAGCCAAGGCCAUCGACGAGAAAAAUCCAAAUGGCAAUCUCGAAGAAGUUGAUGUCGUCAAACCAACAGGCAGUCGCAGGAGGUGGCUUUUUGUCACCUACGCCUUGACUUGGUGGAUUCCUGACGUGGCAAUCAAAUGGCUCGGAAGAAUGAAGCGCAAAGAUGUCAGGGUGGCGUGGCGCGAAAAGCUCGCCAUCAACAUGCUUAUCUGGUUGAGUUGCGGCUUCGUCAUCUUCCUCAUGAUUGGGUUUCCUGCAUUGAUCUGUCCCAGGCAACAUGUCUACACAACCCAAGAAUUAUCCUCGUACGAUGGUGACAAGGGCAGGCCUGCAUACGUUGCGAUUCGCGGUAUCGUAUACGAUCUUGGAAAAUUCAUGCCGCAUCACUACCCUAGCAUCGUCCCCCAAUCUGACCUCAAAAAGUAUGCUGGCGUUGACGCAACCAAUCUGUUCCCCGUUCAAGUCUCAGCCCUCUGCGCCGGUACUCAACAGGGCGGUAUCGCCGAUAGCGUUCAGCUCGACUAUCUCAGCACCAACUAUACCAACCAGAACAACAGAAUCAGUAGCCUGGACCUAAACCGCCGUUUCCAUGACUUCCGAACUGCCACCAACGACUCUCGACCUGAUUGGUGGUACGAGCAGCAAAUGUUCCUGAAGGCCAAUUACAUGAAGGGUCGUGUGGGCUAUAGCCCUCAAUACCUCAAGACCUUGGCCAGUAAGGGUAACUCGAUUGCCUCCAUGCACGGUAAAGUCUACGAUCUCACCAUGUACACGAGUGGCGGUCGCAGGAAUGAGUAUCCUCCGACCGAGAAGCCAAAGGACGUAGCACCCAACACCGAUUUCAUGGAUAGCUCCAUCGUGGACAUCUUCCGAGUCCAGGCUGGAACCGACUUGGUGAAAUACUGGGAUGGGCUCACACUGAGCCAAGAUAUGCGGAACAAGAUGCAAGUCUGCUUGGACAAUCUUUUCUAUGUCGGUGAUGUGGAUACAAGAAACUCGGCAAAGUGCCAGUUCGCAACGUACUUCCUGCUCGCCAUCUCCAUUCUCUUGGUCUCGGUCAUCGGAUUCAAGUUCUUUGCUGCCCUUCAAUUCAGCAGGAAGAGCGCCCCUGAGAACAUCGACAAGUUUAUCAUUUGCACCGUCCCUGCCUAUACCGAAGACGAGGAGUCGCUCCGACGUGCCAUCGAUUCAGCUGCCAGGAUGAAGUACGAUGACAAGCGCAAGCUUCUCGUCAUUAUUUGUGACGGUAUGAUUAUUGGUCAAGGCAACGAUAAGCCAACGCCUCGCAUUGUUCUCGAUAUUCUUGGUGUCCCAGAGAACUCCGAUCCCGACCCGCUCAGUUUCGAGAGUUUGGGCGAAGGUCUCAAGCAACACAACAUGGGCAAGUGCUACUCCGGUCUGUACGAGGUUCAGGGUCAUAUUGUUCCAUUCUUGGUUGUUGUCAAGGUUGGCAAGCCCUCUGAGGUCUCAAAGCCCGGUAAUCGUGGAAAGCGUGACUCUCAGCUGCUUCUCAUGAGAUUCUUGAACCGUGUCCACUACAAUCUGCCUAUGAGCCCGCUCGAGCUCGAGAUGCACCACCAAAUUCGCAACAUUAUUGGCGUCAAUCCCACGUUCUACGAAUUCCUUCUCCAGAUCGAUGCCGAUACCGUCGUUGCUGAUGACUCUGCCACUCGAUUCGUUGCUGCUUUCCUCCACGACACACGUCUCAUCGCCAUUUGUGGAGAAACUUCGCUCACAAACGCCAAAUCUUCCUUCAUUACUAUGAUGCAGGUUUACGAAUACUACAUCUCACACAACUUGACCAAGGCAUUCGAAAGUUUGUUUGGUUCAGUCACCUGUCUUCCUGGUUGUUUCAGUAUGUACCGUAUUCGUGCUGCUGAUACUGGAAAGCCUCUCUUCGUCAGCAAGGAGGUUGUCGAGGCCUACGCGGAGAUUCGUGUCGAUACGCUUCACAUGAAGAAUUUACUCCAUCUCGGAGAGGAUCGAUACCUGACGACUCUGUUGCUCAAGUUCCACGCCAAGUACAAGACCAAGUACCUAUACCGCGCACACGCCUGGACCGUUGCCCCUGACAGCUGGACCGUGUUCAUGUCCCAGCGUCGUCGCUGGAUCAACUCUACUGUGCAUAACCUCAUGGAACUGAUCCCUCUGCAGCAGCUUUGUGGUUUCUGCUGUUUCAGUAUGCGAUUCGUCGUGUUCUUGGAUCUCCUGUCCACAAUUGUACAGCCCGUCAUCGUCGUAUAUAUCGGUUAUCUUAUCUACAUGCUCAUCGACAGUCCAGACAUCGUUCCGAUCACGGCUUUCAUUCUUCUCGGAGCCAUCUAUGGUCUUCAGGCAAUUAUCUUCAUUGUUCGUCGCAAGUGGGAAAUGAUCGGUUGGAUGGUCAUUUACGUUCUCGCCACGCCUAUUUUCGCUUUUGGUCUCCCAUUGUAUGCGUUCUGGCACAUGGAUGACUUCUCCUGGGGUAACACGCGUCUUGUGACUGGUGAAAAGGGACAAAAGAUUGUCGUCUCCGACGAAGGCAAGUUCGAUCCUGCCAGCAUUCCCAAGAAGAAGUGGGACGAGUACCAGGCAGAGAUGUGGGAGCAGCACACCAUGCGUGACGACCGCUCCGAGGUCUCUGGCAUCUCGUAUGGCACCAAACGUUUCAUGCAUGGCAGUGCAUCAGUGAUGGGUUCCGAAUACGGAGGCAUGCCACCUUCGCGACCAAUGUCUCAUCUCGAUCUCCCUCGCUACGGCAACAACUCACGCAUGAGCCUUGCUCCAAGCGCCUAUGGGGCUUAUGACAAUCUGGAGAUGGCGAGUCUGAACCUCCCAAGCGACGAUGCGCUUCUCGCAGAGAUUCGAGAUAUUCUCUCAACAUCGGAUCUCAUGAACAUUACUAAGAAGGCCGUUAAGGUUGAACUUGAGAAGAGAUUCGGUAUGGAUCUUACCCUCAAGAAGCAAUUCAUCGGAAGCGCCGUGGAGUCGCUGCUCGUCGGCCAGAUGCAGUAAAAAAUCCAACUCAACCAUGCCAUGUUCAUUCGUUCGCGAGUUCAGCAUACCGAUUUUAACGAUUACAUGCCCCAAGAUCCAAAGCCACCCGAAAUCCGUUCAUUUCCUCGCUACCUUUUUUGGCUGGACUGUGAAGGGGGCACCUCUACAUAAACAUUUACUACUAUCUAAUCGCACUUUUCGGAGCAUGCACUCAUUUGC